AUGAUGGCGCCAGAUAGCCAGAACCUUGAUAAUGACGAAAACGCUCCGCCAAACCAAAUCCCUCUCCAAGAUCUAUCGAAACAAGGAAAUGCUGUUAAUGAGCGCGGUAGAAGCCGCGCGGGCACCGGUCUCUUCUCGCGACAAUCAUUGAUUGGGAGGGGGUCGCGGAGAAAUUAUGAGAGUGUUGCGAAAGAGUCUCCUAUUGAUGCGGCUGGACCGAGCAGGAGCCCAUUCCAACCCUCACAAACGAGCUAUGCAGAGGUUGCUUCGCCGGUUGAUGACCUAGGUGGUUUCGCGCAAGCGAUGUCAUCGGUUGGUCUCAGUUUCAAUGGGCCACAAUCAAGGGAAUCGUCCUCCGACCCAUCAGCAAGCCGCGGUUUUGAUGAUGCAUCUUCCGACCUUGACGUUGUACCUCUAGACCCUUACGAUCCCCACGACCCGCACGGUUACAACGCACCAGGAGACGAAGAUGAUAGGGUACGGCUGACCGAUCCUCGAUAUUUACAACCAAUGAGCGGCGCUGCCAAUGGGGAAGAGCGAAAUAGCACUGACACUGGUGGUCACUCUGUGCAUUUUGGUGGUUCAAGACUGGGCGAUGACCUUCCUCACCUGGAGGAUGGGAUGGGAAGCCGCCGUGGCAGCGGUGUCCGGGAUCGAUCGCGCUCUUUGUCUCCCUCGGGGUCCAGCGGGGCUCUGCAGCGCGCCGGCUCAAUGGUCAAAUCCAUGUCCCAACGAGUGGUCAACCUGAGUAACGAACCGGAAGUCGUACAGCAAUCGAUUGAGAGGGAGGAGCUCGAUAAAAAUGCACGAAUGGACGGACCGCCGGUUUUGCCAGCGAUGGUGGAUUAUGCAUUUACUUCCAACCCAGAGGCCCAAACAGCUCGAGAGAAGCGUUCCUCCGGCAGAUCAUGGAGGGAUCGGAACAAUCCAUUUAGAGGCAGGUCACUUGGCAUCCUGGGACCUAAUAACCCUCUUCGACUGUGGCUGUGUGACAUUUUGGUGAAUUCGUUCAUGGAACCCUUUAUCUUGAUCGUCAUUGUUAUCCAGACCAUUUUGUUGACCGUUGAAAAUUCCCUCCCUAAUUCUACCGACUCAGUGACAUGGGGAAGCAGCAAGUUUGAUUGGGUUUUCUUUGCUAUUUUCAUCAUUUAUACGCUUGAGAUAUGCUCUAAAAUUUUGGUGUCUGGACUCAUCCUUAACCCUGUCGAGUACAGCACACUUAAUCGCAACCUCGGCAUCAGAAAAGCAAUCGCGGAAAAGGGCAGGAACCUGAUCACACCGCAUCGGCAGGGAACAACCAAGAAAACAUCGAUGCUUCAGGCUGAGCCUCAAACGUCAAUCCUGCGAACCUUUACAGGGAUGAACGGACUGGACCCCGAAGUCUACGAUGAUCCUCUACACAAACGUCGCAUUAGACUUGCUCAUCGCGCGUUCCUUCGACACUCUUUUAACCGGCUUGAUUUUGUAGCCGUGAUCGCCUUUUGGAUAUCCUUUUUCCUUUCAGUUUCGGGCGUUGAGCAAACACACCAACUGUAUAUCUUUCGCAUGUUAAGCUGUCUCCGAAUUUUACGUCUCCUUGCUAUGACCAACGGAACUUCGGUAAUUCUUAGAAGUCUCAAGCGAGCAGCCCCUCUGCUCGUCCAUGUCGCAUUCCUUAUCAGUUUCUUUUGGCUUCUUUUCGCCAUCAUUGGCGUCCAGAGUUUCAAAUCCAGUCUCAAGAGAACUUGUGUCUGGAUGGAUCCCGCAGGCAAAAGCAAUUACACAUUGAAUGAUGCAUGGGGCAAAUUGCAAUUUUGUGGCGGGCACCUCGAUAGACAGACGGGAAAACAAAUGCCGUGGAUUGGCUCCGAUGGGGAGUCAGGGUUCAGCCCCAAAGGAUAUAUUUGUCCUCAAGGCUCUGUAUGCAUGGAAGGUGUCAAUCCUUAUAACGGAACUAUGAGCUUUGACAACAUCGUGCAUUCCCUGGAGUUGGUCUUCGUGAUCAUGAGCUCCAAUACAUUUUCCGACCUGCUCUACUACACCACCGACACAGACUACCUCCCAGCUGCUCUGUUCUUUGCCUGCGGGUUUGUCAUCUUGAGCUUGUGGUUGGUGAACUUACUGGUCGCGGUUAUCACACACUCAUUCCAAGUGAUUCGAGAAGAGAGCAAGCGCAGUGCUUUUGCCGUCCAAAAACUUGAUGCUGUCGACGAAGAUGAGACAAUGUCUCGCAAAGUCAGUCCCCUCAAGCGUAUAUAUGAUCAAACUGAGUGGGUCUGGGUCUGCCUCAUCAUCUUUGACCUUAUUGUGCAAGCGCUCAGAAGCUCGUCUAUGUCUGACAGUCGAACACGGUUCAUUGAUACGACUGAGACUGUUGUCACUAUCAUUUUACUGGUCGAGAUUAUCUUGCGAUUUGCCUCGGAUUGGCGCAUGUUUCAUCGAAAGCGUCGUAAUUUGACAGACCUUCUGCUUGUAGUCAUCACCUGCAUCAUCCAGCUACCGCCUAUCAGAAACUCAGGCCGUGCAUACACAGUUCUCACCUUGUUCCAGAUCCUUCGGGUCUAUCGGGUGGUACUGGCUUUCUCUGUGACCAGAAAGCUGAUUCUGAUUGUAUUCAGCAAUAUUGUCGGUCUGCUAAACUUGAUAUUUUUCCUAUUCUUGAUGACAUUUUUGUCUGCCAUUUUCGCAACACAGCUUUUUCGAAGCCAGAUCCCCGAGAAAGAUCCAAGUGGCGAGACUAUCAUGAUAACGUUUUCGAACAUCUACAACUCAUUCUUGGGAAUGUAUCAAAUCCUGUCGAGUGAGGAUUGGACCACGAUUCUCUACAAUGCAACCGCAUAUACGAACAAGUUCAACACAGCCUGGAUUUCGGCCUCAUUCAUCGUUCUUUGGUUUAUUGUGUCCAACUUCAUCAUUCUAAACAUGUUCAUUGCUGUCAUUCAGGAAAGCUUCGAUGUUUCAGAAGACGAGAAGCGAAUGCAUCAGGUCAGGGCGUUUUUGGAACAGAAACAAGUCCAUGGCGCACCCCAAGGAAACCUAGCAUUCUCGAAAAUCCUUCGUAUGGGCCGAGAUUCAGCUCGGUACAAAGAUCCACUCGACCAUGGUCCUGCAGCAUUGGAAAUGUUGCUCAAAGAUGCUGUGGUACAAGAGUUCCUCGAAGAAGAGAACAAGCACCAAGAACGGGAGAGACCGAAGGACACACGAAGGGUGAGCACAAUGCCAGAAGGCGCGACUCAAGAAACCAUCCAGCCAGGCUGGAUCUCACUUCUAUGGACGAAAGCCAGCACGCUCGUUAUGCGGAGGGAACCCAAUCCUUUCUACUCGAAGCUGAAGUUUUCACGUGCCUACGAGGAGUUGGAUCCGACAACCAUGGCAAGAGAAGUUGUUACUGCGGCCGAGCAGAGAAAACGGGACCAGCGAGCCUACCUCGUGAAACACCCUAACUAUAACAAAUCAUUGUUUAUUUUCCCGCCAGAUAGUUUCGUUCGGAAGCUUUGUCAACGAAUUGUCGGCCCAGGGCGCGGUCAUCAACGAGUUGAAGGCGUUGAUCCAUACAAGCCAGUGUGGUAUGCGUUCUCUGCUUUCAUUUAUGCAGCAAUUGUCGCUAUGGUGCUUCUCGCCUGUAUUACAACACCCUUAUAUCAGCGGCAAUAUCUCCGCAGUAACCGCAACUGGUUCGUUUAUACUGACUUGGGCUUUGCCGUUGUGUUUACUAUUGAAGCGACGAUUAAAGUGAUCGCCGAUGGCUUCUUUUGGACGCCGAACGCCUUUUUCCGCAGCUCCUGGGGAUUCAUUGACGGACUCGUGUUGAUCACGCUGUGGGUUAGUGUCGGCGGCUCGCUCAACCAGGACUGGAGUGUUUCCAGGGCCAUUGGCGCCUUUAAAGCGCUGAGGGCGCUGCGUCUUUUGAACGUCAGCGACAGUGCCAAGAACACUUUCCACUCUGUCAUCAUUGUCGGGGGAUGGAAGGUCAUUGCUGCUGCUGCGGUUUCUAUGAGUUUCCUCAUACCAUUUGCGAUAUAUGGAGUCAAUCUGUUCAACGGGCAGAUGGCCAGCUGCAAUGACGGUGAUUUCUCUGGGAAUCUGGUCAACUGCGUCAAUGAAUAUUCCAGCUCGCCAUACAAGUGGGACGUGCUUGCUCCACGAGUGGCUGGGAAUUCUUUCUAUGACUUUGAUAACUUUGGUAAUUCCCUCUUCAUUCUGUUCCAAAUUGUCUCCCAAGAAGGCUGGGUCGACGUACAAGAAAAUGCAAUGGGCAUCACUGGAAAGAUGAUGCAACCAGAAGAUUUAAAGACGCCAGAGAAUGGGCUAUUCUUCGUGGUCUUCAACUUACUUGGAGCCGUGUUUGUUCUGACGCUAUUUGUGUCUGUUUUCAUGCGCAAUUACACAGAACAAACUGGUGUUGCCUUCUUGACAGCCGAGCAACGUUCCUGGUUGGAACUGCGGAAACUUCUCCGACAGAUAUCGCCCUCGAAACGAUCCUUCGAUGACCAGAACAAGAAAUUGCGGUUGUGGUGUUAUCGAAUUUCAGUCAAGAAGCAUGGACGGUGGGCUUGGUUCGUGACUUGCGUCUUGGUAGUUCACCUGCUAUUACUUGUGGUGGAAUACUAUCCCGAGCCUGACUGGUGGGAGGUGCUUCGAGCUAUUAUAUUCUUGGCAUUCAUGUGUGUCUACGUUGCGAAUGUCUUAAUUCGACUGAUUGGCCUUGGGUGGCAUCGAUUCAGCCGAAGUUCAUGGGAUCUGUUCUCUCUCAUCGUCGUCCCCGGCGCUUUUGUCACCUCCGUCCUUGACCUUUCAUACAAGAACAGCAGUCCUGCCGUGGUACAGCUCAACAAGCUUUUCCUCGUGUCUGUCUCCCUGAUGCUUAUUCCAAGGAACAACCAGCUUGAUCAGCUCUUUAAGACUGCGGCAGCCAGUUUGUCCGUGAUUGGCAAUCUUUUAGCUACCUGGUUCGUUCUGUUCUUGGUGUUUGGCAUUGCGAUGAACCAGGCGUUUGGCCUUACGAAGUUCGGCGGGAACGAAGACCAUAACCAGAAUUUCCGUGACGUGCCCAGAUCACUGAUCCUGCUGUUCCGAGCAAGUUGCGGAGAAGGGUGGAAUCAAUUCAUGGAGGACUUUGCUACUAUGACCCACCCCUUCUGCACGCAUAACUCCAACUUCCUUGACGACGACUGUGGAAGCGCGCCGUGGGCCCGAACUCUCUUCAUUGCAUGGAACCUGAUCAGCAUGUACAUCUUCGUCUCACUGUUCGUUUCGUUGAUUUUCGAAAGUUUCUCUUACGUCUACCAGCGGAGUAGCGGACUGUACGCGAUCAGCCGCGAAGAGAUUCGCCGGUUCAAGCAGGCGUGGGCCACGUAUGAUCCAGAUGGGACGGGCUUUAUAUCCACGGAAAAGUUCCCUCGACUACUCGGUGAGCUCUCUGGCGUUUUUGCAAUGCGAAUCUAUGAGGGGGAGUUCACGGUUGGAAGUAUCCUGGAAAAAUGCCGGAUCGACCCUCAGAGGAACUCGAUGGGUUCUUACGCCAGAAAUUCGAUGGUUUCGCUGACUGAGCCACGACACUCCAUGCGACGAAACUCUCAUGCCUCGUCUGGUGUGGAUAUCGACGAGCUCUCUCGGAUCAUAUCGCGGAUUCCAGUCCAAACCAUUCGAGAGAGGCGAAGACGGUUAAAUACCUUCUACGAAGAAAUCCUUGUGUCAGCAGACCCCGAUCGCGGUAUUUCCUUCCACCAAUGCUUGAUGAUCCUCGCACAUCACAAUGUGAUUAGCGAUAGCAAGAGUCUGCGUCUUGAAGAAUUCCUACGUCGUCGAGCACGGCUGCAACGGGUGGAUGAGGCUGUCCGUCGAAACACCGUCGUUGGUUUCUUUGAUACCCUAUACUGGUCACGCCAAUUCCGCCGCCAGAUUGACCGCAAGAAGAGCGGUCGGAUGAGCGUAGUCCCGACCUUCACCGUGCCGGAGAUCUUUGUCGACGAUCCAGUCGAUGACCCCGAAGAGCACGACGAGCCAGCUUCCGGCGCAAUCACACCUCAAACACAACCAGACUUGGAUGGAAACUUCCCCCCUAUGCUCUCACCAGUCUCACACCACCGACGAGCCGAGUCCAGUCCAACUGCAAACCGAAAUGCUCUUCCCCGCAUCAACACCAAUCUCAGCGGGUCAGUAUCUGGCUCCAGCACACCUACGAGGGAGUGGUCGAGUAUCAGUCCCUCAAUCACCCCGCGUCACAUGUAUGGGGAUCGCACUUCGUUCGAUACUGGCGAAACACAAGAGGCGCCCCCAGUUACCAAUACUUCGCGUCAGAAUAGUAUGAAUGUUCAGGAUGUCAUGCAUUCGCUAGACAACUCCGCCUGGGGUGAGAGUAUUCGACGAAGUUUCACGCAACGACGAUCGGGCGACCGCACUUCUGAAUAA